UUACCAACCAGCUACACCAACCUGACUAGAGAGAGAGACCAGUUACCGACCAGUUACACCAACCUGACUAUAGAGAGAGACCAGUUACCGACCAGUUACACCAACCCGACUAUAGAGAGAGACCAGUUACUGACCAGUUACACCAACUUGACUAUAGAGAGAGACCAGUUACUGACCAGUUACACCAACCUAACUAUAGACAGAGACCAGUUACUGACCAGUAACACCGACCUGACUACAGAGAGAGACCAGUUACUGACCAGUUACACCAACGUGACUAUAGAAAGAGACCAGUUACUGACCAGUUACAACAACCUGACUAUAGAAAGAAACCAAUUACUGACCAGUUACACCAACCUGACUAUAGAGAGAGACCAGUUACAGACCAGUUACACCAACCUGACUAUAGAAAGAGACCAGUUACUGACCAGUUACACCAACCUGACUAUAGAAAGAAACCAAUUACUGACCAGUUACACCAACCUGACUAUAGAGAGAGACCAGUUACAGACCAGUUACACCAACCUGAUUAUAGAGAGAGACCAGUUACUGAACAGUUUCACCAACCUGACUAUAGAGAGAGACCAGUUACUGAGCAGUUUCACCAAUCUGUCUACAGAAAGAGACCAGUUACAGAAAAGUUUAACAAACCUGACUAUAGAGAGAGACCAGUUACAGACCACCAGCCUGCGAGGAUGGAUCUACUUCAGCUCCAGUGUUUACUACAUCUCUACUGAGAAGAAGAGCUGGAGUGAGAGCAGACAGGACUGCAGACAGAGAGGAGCAGACCUGCUGAUCAUAAACAGCCGAGAUGAGCAGGUUCUGGGGACGUAA